AUGAGGAGUCUCCCCCACGGAAACAUAGUCCGGUCCCACAUAGUCCACCUAUUGUUGCCUCGCCUCCUCGAAGAAAGAAGUACAAGGCGGAAACAUCUUCGACUGAAUCUGUCACAAACGCUUCUUCCUCGCAACAGCCUGAAGUCAGAAAGAACUUAUAUGUCAGUUGACACAUCAACAAGAAAAAAAAAAGAUGAACCAGAUACAGGGUUUGGAGAGGAGGAUGAGAUGGUAAAUGAAGAGGAGGAAGAAACAUUUUACCAUGGUACACAGUUGGACUAUGCUGAUAUAUCUACUCAUGGUUUGGAGGGGGAAGUUGGGCGUACACCUACGCAUAUUGAGCCAUCACCGGACGUGGGUGAACAUCACAAAAAAACAGUGACUCCUAUUGUUAGGCCACAACGAAAGAGGGGUGUUGCAUGGUAUCAGCAGACGCCAUUCACAGUGAUGCAAUCCACACCAAAAUUGAAGAAAAUCAUCAAAACAAGGAAAAAAAAAGCAGUGAAGAGUCCUGAAAAAGCAAAUGAAGACAUUGUGAAUGAAGAGAGGAAUGAUGUUUCAAAUCAUCUCCUGUUGGACAGUCUUCAUGCUACUAGUACAUUGAGUUUUUGGAAAGAAUGGAAUAUGAUAUCUUCUAAACUCAACACUAAACACAGGCUGCAUAUACUCCCACUGGAUGUGGAGUUUUGGUCGAUGAAUGUAGCAGAUGGUGUUGGAGGCUAUCCUAAAUGGAAGGAUGUGGACAUGGUUCUAUUCCCUAUAAACGUUCUUGGUGUCCAUUGGUUUUUGGCAGUGCUACAUUUAAAUAUCUGGAAAGUACACAUUUAUGAUUCAACACGAUCUAUGAAUUUCUUCUCAAAGUACUUGAUGGGUGGAGAAUUCACAAGUUUUAAUGAUAGUAUUAUCUCAGAGCUAGAUGUGAUUGACUAUUGGAACGAUUUCCCCGAUGGACACAAAGCCAAGGCAACUAUUCAGUUUGUUGAUACUGUAGACGCGCCACAUCAGGAAUAUAUUGAAGAUAGAGGGGAUUGUGGAGUAUUUGUACGCAUGUUUAUGGAAAUGAUUGUUUUAGGGGUACAGGUGAAGAUUGAUAAGCCACAUAGAGAUGCGGUAUUUCUCUACAGAAAUAGGAUGAAAAAUAUUAUUUGGGAUACUUUAUAACUAGAUGUUAGGAACUGUGUAAAUAUUAAUAUGAAAUACCUGUUUUUAAU